AAGAAGAUACAUGGCAAAAAUAUUACUUGGAAGGUGUGUCUAAUGAGAUGUAUACAGAAUACCUAUCCACUGCAUUUGUGGGGCUCUCCUUCCCUGCGGUGUGUGAGUUGUGCUUUGUGAAGCUGAAGUUACUGAUGAUAGCCAUAGAAUACAAAUCUGAAAAAGGGGAAAGCAGAAGCAGAAAGCGGAUUAUAAUCAACCCAGGAAAUCACGUUAAGCUGAAAGAAGGCACUCUGGGGUUCUUUAUAGCAAGUGAUGCCAAGGAAGUUAAACGUGCUUUUUUCUACUGCAAGGCUUGUCAUGACGAUAUUACAGACCCUAAGAGGAUCAAGAAAUGUGCAUGCAAGCGACUUAUGUAUUCCAAGAUGUCCAUCCGAAAGAGGCUGAUGCAGGCAUGUUGUUUGGGGUGCUCUGAAAUAGACUGCUCUUGCAUGUCAGGCACUUUACGUAGUAACAUGGGGACCCAUGAACGAGCCUUCCCACUUUCUCCUGUCUCUGUUAAUGAUUUCUCCACCAAUAUUCGUGGCUUUGAAGAUGAGCAGCCAUCAGCAUUGUCACCUAAGAAAAAGCAGCGGAAUGGAGGAAUGCGGCACUCACCAAACUCCUCUCCAAAUAUGAGACAUGAUCCAUUGCUAAUGGCUGCUAAUGAUCAGAUAGAUAACAUGGACUCCAGCAGUGUGAAGAAGUAUGACUCUACUGGUAUGUUCCAUUGGUGCCCAGCAAAAGAAAUGGAGAAAGUUUUGUUGACACGUAGUGAAGCUGCCAUGACAGUUCUGAGUGGGCAUGUAGUUGUCUGUAUAUUUGGAGAUGUAACAUCAGCACUUAUUGGGGUUCGGAAUUUGGUGAUGCCACUGAGAGCCAGUAACUUUCACUAUCACGAACUGAAACCUAUAGUAUUUGUUGGAUCCUUGGAAUACCUAAAGAGAGAAUGGGAGACACUGCACAAUUUCCCAAAGGUUUCCAUCCUGCCUGGCACGCCAUUAAGCCGAGCUGAUCUAAGGGCUGUCAACAUUAACCUGUGUGACAUGUGCGUUAUCCUGUCAGCCAAUCAGAACAAUAUUGAUGAUACUUCACUUCAGGACAAGGAAUGUAUCUUAGCAUCUCUCAACAUCAAAUCCAUGCAGUUUGAUGACAGCAUAGGGGUCUUGCAAGCUAACUCUCAAGGUUUUACUCCACCUGGGAUGGACCGUUCUUCCCCUGACAACAGUCCAAUGCAUGGUCUAGCAAGACAGGCUUCUAUUACAACAGGGGCCAACAUGCCCAUCAUAACUGAGCUUGCUAAGCCUGGCAAACUGCUGCCUUUGAUUUCAUUCAGUCAGGAAAAAACCAGUGGAACUCAAUUACCAAUAAUUACAGAGUUGGUGAAUGAUUCCAAUGUUCAGUUUCUGGAUCAAGAUGAUGAUGAUGACCCAGACACUGAGCUCUAUCUGACCCAGCCUUUUGCCUGUGGAACUGCCUUUGCUGUAAGCGUGUUGGACUCACUCAUGAGUGCAACAUACUUCAAUGACAAUAUUUUAACGCUGAUCAGAACAUUGGUGACAGGAGGUGCAACACCAGAGCUAGAGGCCCUUAUAGCAGAAGAGAAUGCGUUACGAGGAGGGUACAGCACCCCACAAACCCUAGCCAACAGGGAUCGCUGCCGAGUAGCCCAGCUGGCAUUGUAUGAUGGUCCAUUUGCUGAUCUUGGGGAUGGUGGAUGUUAUGGGGAUUUGUACUGCAAAGCUCUGAAAACAUACAACAUGUUAUGCUUUGGCAUAUAUCGGCUACGUGAUGCACACUUAAGUACACCAAGUCAGUGUACAAAAAGGUAUGUUAUCACAAAUCCUCCUUAUGAAUUUGAGAUGGUGCCCACUGACCUCAUCUUCUGCCUGAUGCAGUUCGACCACAAUGCCAGCCAGUCUCGUGCCAGCCUCUCUCACUCCUCGCACUCUUCACACUCCUCAAGCAAAAAGAGCUCAUCUGUUCACUCCAUCCCAGCUUCAGCUAACCGCCAGAACCGUGCAAAAGCUCGUGACGCCCGUGACAAACAGAAGACGAAUAGAAUGGGCCAAGCAGAAAAGAAAUGGUAUACAGAUGAAAUGGAAAAUGCUUAUCCCAGAAACAUUCAGAUUAAGCCAAUGAGCACACACAUGGCUAAUCAGAUUAAUCAAUACAAAUCGACGAGCAGCUUGAUACCGCCAAUCCGAGAGGUCGAAGAUGAAUGUUGAUCCUAAACUGAACUUUUUUUUAGGGGAAAACAACAAAGACCUAUUCACAGAACUUGAAGACAUAUCCAGACUUGCAAAACAAUCUAAUAACCGCAAGCAUAAAUGGGACUUCAAAA